GAUAAACCUCACCAGUUGACCGGCGCCGGCGGCCCCCAAAUUACCAUAUACUCAAAAUAAACGACGGUUAAGUUAAUUAGUCUCACUUUCCCAGAAAAUGCAGCUAAAUUAGAUCUAAUCAAUCUUCUUAGCAUUCUAAACUGCUUCAGUUUUCGGAAGUAACAAAGCUUCAAAGUGGCAGCGCAGUUUGCAGACAUGUGUCCAAGAACAGUGCCCCUUUGCACGACACGUGUCUUCUUGUAUCUAUACCUCGUACAGGCAUCACUGCUCGUCAUGCUAAACUGCGCCGCUUCUUCUUUAACUCAGUUGAAUUCCCAGAACUGGGUUCUUGCUCCGGAUAUAAAUUCUGUUUCCUUUAUGGGCAGUAGAGAAGUGCAUUCUACGAACCAUAGCAAAUGCUUGGAAAAAAUCGACCAUGGUUUGAUUUGUAGUGGGUUCAGAAUGUUCGAUGCCGACUUCUUUUCUGAUGCAAAGAUGUUGGAAACUGAAAAGGGUGCACGAGAGCUCAAUGUUCCGAUUUUUAGGUCCAAUCGUAAAUUAGUUGCUUCGGUUAAUGGAGGGUUAGAAAAUCCGUCAUCUUUGGUUUUCAAUUCUGCAUGGGGUCAUGGUGAUUCCCAAAAUGCCCCUGAAAGAUUUAACUACCCUUCUAUUUCUGGUGUUAAAAGGCCUAAGAGUGACGAAGAUAUUGCAUUUAUGAGUAUUCUUGAAUUGGGGGCAUUGAUUAAAUCGAAGCAAAUCACAUCCGAGGAGCUCACUCGAGUCUUUUUGAAUAGAUUGAAAAGAUAUGGUCCAGUUCUGGAAUCUGUUGUUACUAUAACAGAGGAAUUAGCAUUCAAGCAAGCAAAACAAGCCGACGAAUUAUUCGCACAAGGCACAUAUUUAGGUCCGCUUCACGGAAUUCCGUACGGUUUGAAGGAUAUAAUUGCGGUACCCGAUUACAAAACAACGUGGGGUUCUAAAACGUUUCAAAAUCAAGUUCUUGAUAUCGAAGCUUGGGUUUAUAAGAGGUUAAAAUCAGCUGGAGCUGUUCUCGUUGCGAAGCUUGUGACCGGUUCACUAGCGUAUGACGACAUUUGGUUUGGGGGUAGAACGAGGAAUCCUUGGAAUAUCGAGGAAUAUUCCACUGGUUCAUCGGCUGGACCAGCUGCCUGCACCUCAGCUGGUAUGGUUCCAUUUUCUAUUGGUUCGGAAACUGCUGGAUCAAUCACAUAUCCCGCUUCUCGAUGUGGUGUGACCGCAUUGCGUCCAACUUUCGGAACGGUCGGCCGAACGGGUGUUCUAAGCUUAUCCGAGAGUUUGGAUAAAUUAGGACCUUUCUGUAGAAAUGCAGUAGACUGUGCGAUCGUACUGGAUAUAAUACGUGGCAAAGAUCCACACGAUCUUUCAUCAAGAAACAUCCCGUUUUCCGAUCCAUUUGCAGUCGAUAUAAUGAAGCUAAAUGUGGGGUACCUCGACGAUGCUGACAUGGAUGUUGUUCGAAAGCUCGAGUCGAAAGGUGUCAAUAUGAUUCCGUUUGAGCUGAAUUACACCGUUGAUUCUGCUCAAGGAAUCUUGAACUUCACAAUGGAUGUCGAUAUGCUGGCCCACUUUGACGAGUGGCAACGCUCUGGUUUAGAGGACGAGUACGAAGCUCAAGACCAAUGGCCUCUCGAACUUAGGCGGGCCCGCGUCGUGCCAGCUGUCGAUUAUGUUCAAGCGCAAAGAGCAAGAGGAAAACUAAUACGAGAAGUGAGAGAAAGUUUCAAAGUCGAUGCGUUUAUCGGAAACGCAACGGAUUGGGAACGGGUUUGUGUUGGAAAUCUCGUGGGCAUUCCCGUAAUUGUUGUGCCGACGGGGUUUAAGAAAAUAUCCGAUCCCCCUACAGAAAAUACUCGAAGAAAAACUACAGUCACAACCGGUAUUUAUGCUCCACCCGAGCAAGAUCACAUCGCAUUGGCAUUGGCAAUAGCUUAUCAAUCAGUGACGGAAAAUCACAAGCAGCGCCCGCCUAUCGAUGACCUGGGGCCCGGUGAUUCGAUCCCGAACCCACCUACGAAGGCAAUCCCUCCAAGACAACUACGAGGUUUGUGAUUUUAUUAUUAUUCGAGUUCAUUAACCGCAUACGCUGACGUGGCAUGUUGUAAGAACAAUUUUUUCGUUAGGCGAUAUUCAAUUAAUGCAAGAGCAUUCUACUCUCGGUGUGUGAUUGUCUCAACUGCAGCUACUAUGUUUUAAAACCCUACCCGAUCCGUAAAAACGCAAAAUUAUCGUGUCAGAUAUGCCAAUUAACACUUCAAAAUAAAAUCUCAGGACUGGUAUAUUUGUAAUGUAAUAAUAAUUGAUAUAUGAUAUUUAAUUUGUCUG